CUACGGAGGCUAGAACUGGAAGGGAUGAGUCUGCGAUAGGUCUGGGUUCUUUCGGUAGUGGCGUUGGAAGUCACGCGUGGGGCUUUAGAGGUAGCUGGGGACGAUUGCCGAGCGGAGAGAACGGCUUGCGGGUCUAAGGUCUCUGAGGUCCGCGUGCCGAGGCCUAGCUCGGGGCUCGCUGGUGAGCGCCGGUGGAAGUGUGCGUGUUGGAGUGAACAGUCUCUUGGAAGGCAGAGGUGACAUCGCCUUCAGUUUUUCACUGACCCACGUUUCCUCUACUCGGGCUCCCACACCAGGACUGUAAGGAGUCCACGAGUUACCUAAGGGUUUGUGGGAACUGCCCCCCUGUUCACGGAGAUGCCGUACCUUGGCUCUGAGGAUGCGGUGAAGGAACUGAAGAAGGCCCUGUGUAACCCUCAUAUUCAAGCUGAUAGGCUGCGCUACCGGAAUGUCAUCCAACGAGUAAUUAGGCACAUGACUCAGGGUUUGGAUAUGUCUAGUGUUUUCAUGGAAAUGGUGAAGGCCAGCGCCACUGUAGAUAUUGUGCAGAAAAAGUUGGUUUAUCUGUAUAUGUGCACAUAUGCACCUUUGAAACCAGAUCUGGCACUCCUGGCUAUCAACACACUAUGCAAAGACUGCUCAGACCCCAACCCAAUGGUGAGAGGACUAGCACUACGGAGCAUGUGUAGCCUCAGGAUGCCUGGUGUACAGGAAUAUAUCCAACAGCCUGUUCUUAAUGGUCUUCGGGAUAAGGCUUCAUAUGUCAGGAGAGUGGCAGUCCUUGGCUGUGCUAAGAUGCAUAAUCUUCAUGGAGACUCUGAAGUGGAUGGUGCCCUGGUCAAUGAGUUAUACAGUCUGCUGCGUGACCAGGAUCCAAUUGUGGUUGUGAACUGCUUGAGGUCUCUAGAAGAAAUUCUGAAACAGGAAGGAGGUGUUGUCAUUAAUAAGCCUAUUGCCCACCAUCUCUUAAAUAGAAUGUCAAAACUGGACCAGUGGGGCCAGGCUGAAGUAUUGAACUUUCUGCUCCGCUACCAGCCCCGCAGUGAGGAGGAACUGUUUGAUAUUCUCAAUCUGUUGGACAGUUAUCUCAAGAGCAGUAGCACAGGUGUCGUAAUGGGAGCCACCAAACUCUUUCUGAUCUUGGCAAAAAAGUUUCCCCACGUACAAAUUGAUGUGCUCGUACGAAUCAAGGGGCCCUUGCUAGCUGCCUGUUCUUCAGAUAGCCGGGAACUCUCUUUUGCUGCCCUCUGUCAGGUGCGACAGAUCUUGCAUAGUUUGCCAGGUCACUUUAGCAAUCACUACAAAAAGUUUUUUUGCUCUUACUCGGAGCCCCACUAUAUCAAGCUACAGAAGGUGGAGGUAUUGUGUGAACUGGUGAACGAUGAGAACGUGCAACAGGUGCUAGAAGAGCUCCGUGGCUACUGCACUGAUGUGUCUGCUGAUUUUGCCCAGGCUGCCAUCUUUGCCAUAGGGAGCAUUGCCAAGACUUAUACAGAUCAGUGUGUGCAGAUUCUAACAGAGUUGCUGGGGCUUCGACAAGAACACAUCACCACAGUGGUGGUGCAGACUUUCCGAGACCUGGUUUGGUUAUGUCCUCAGUGUACUGAAGCUGUGUGUCAGGCCCUGCCCGGCUGUGAGGAGAACAUUCAAGACAGUGAGGGAAAGCAAGCACUUAUUUGGUUACUUGGAGUUCAUGGGGAAAAAAUUCCCAAUGCCCCUUAUGUGUUGGAGGACUUUGUAGAAAAUGUGAAGUCAGAGACAUUUCCUGCUGUUAAGAUGGAGCUACUGACUGCACUGAUGCGACUUUUCCUCUCACGCCCUGCUGAGUGCCAGGACAUGCUGGGACGUCUGUUAUAUUAUUGCAUAGAGGAAGAAAAGGAUAUGGCUGUUCGGGAUCGAGGUCUCUUCUAUUAUCGCCUCCUAUUAGUCGGCAUUGAUGAAGUUAAGCAGAUCCUGUGUAGUCCUAAAUCUGACCCUUCUCUUAGACUUUUGGAGGAUCAGGCAGAACGACCUGUGAAUAGCUGGGCUUUAGACUUCAACACAUUGGCGCCAGUGUAUGGCAAAGCCCACUGGGCAGUUAUCUCGAAAUGCCAGAAGGCAGAACGUCAUGACUCAGAGCUUCCUACCAAUGCAUCCUUUGCCAUAUCAGGACACCUGGUUCCAGAAGAGAACAAAAAAGUACAAGAACCUCCUGAAUCUGAAGCGCUCAUGCUGGUCCCCAAUCUCCAGCUUUCUGCUGAGUAUUUUGAGAAAACUUGGCUUAGCCUCAAAGUUGCUCAUCAGCAGGUGUUUCCUUGGCAAGGAGAAGUCCAGCCUGACACCCUCCAGAUGGCUCUAAAAGUAGUGAACAUUCAGACCAUUGCAAUGAGCAGGCCUGGGGCUCAGCCCUGGAAAGCCUACCUCAGUGCUCAGGAUGAUACUGGUUGUCAGUUCUUAACUGAAUUGCUGUUGGAGCCUGAGAACUCAGAAAUGCAGAUCUCUGUGAAACAAAGUGAGGCAAGGACUGAAACACUACCUGGUUUUAUUUCUGUAUUAGAAACUGUCAUUGGAACAAUUGGAGACAUAAAAUCCUAACAGA